UUCUUCUUCGCCUUCAAGAGACGUUCUCUUCCCGUGCUUCUUUGCCAGGCCGGAGAGCUACCAAAAACCCCUAAUUCCGCCCGAUUUCGACCGACGGCAAGCAGAAAUUUAGGGUUUUUUCCUCAAGAGAAAUGGCGAACGACGCAGAGGCGGUGGACUUUGAGCCGGAGGAGGACGAUUUGAUGGACGAGGAUGGAGCCGUCGACGUCGAUGCCUCCUCGCCCCGGGCGCCGCAUCCCAAGCUGAAGUCCGCGAUUACCGGCGGCGCCUCCACUUCGCUUGCACCGAAGAAGACUAAAGGCCGCGGGUUCAGGGAGGAAGCUGACGCCGAGAGGCAGAGUCGCCUGGCUGGACGUGACUUCGAUUCACUCGGCACUGAAGGCGGUCCUGGUGCUCAAAGAUCCAUUGAGGGAUGGAUUAUUCUGGUUACUGGUGUGCAUGAAGAGGCUCAAGAGGACGACUUGCAAAAUGCUUUUGGCGAGUUUGGCGAUAUUAAAAAUCUGCACUUGAAUCUUGAUCGCCGUACUGGUUUUGUUAAGGGAUAUGCGCUGAUUGAAUAUGAGAAGUUUGAGGAAGCACAAGAUGCUAUUGCUUCAAUGAAUGGGGAUAAAAUACUUGAACAGACUGUCAGUAUUGAUUGGGCCUUCUGCAAUGGUCCCAGCACUGGUCCUUUCAAGAGGAAGAAUGCCAGGACUGCACGAACUCAUCGUUCAAGGAGUCCGAGGAGGCGAUACUAGGUGCUGGAAGUCAUUUGCCCGUGGGUGGUGCUUUCAUGGAGUAGUGUGGUGAACUGCUGCGAGGAGUGGCGCAAGAUGGUGAUACGGCUGUGGAUUUGACUAGAGAGUUGUUUUGAGUGCGAGGAAGUGUUUGUGUGUUUUCUUCUGGCUGUUAACUUGUCACUGUUUUGGAUAGAUAGGCUCGGGCUGGGCC